GCUUGCACAGAUGUGCAUAUCUAACGCAAUUAUUAAAAUUUAUUGGACACACUUUUUAAGGCAUUUACUUGUGAUUUAACAUUAAUCUUAUUUAAAUUAAAGUAUUUUAAUUCUUUUAGAAAUGAAUUUAACACCAAGUACAUUUCUAGUCUUUAAUUCUUGUAAAUAUUGACACUAAGGAAAAAGGCCUUUAAUCAUCAGACACACGACCAUUAUUAUAUUUUAUUUAUAUCUAUCUAAUAUCUUUUGACAAAGACCAUAAAUAUUUGAACUGAUACUGUGAUACAUUCGUCAUGCCACAUUAGUACAGGAGUGCGAAUACACCGCUGUGUUCUCAUUUCUUCUCGAAGUAUUUGGAGGAGUUAAUAUUAAGGUAUGAAAUUUCCUUACAAAACAGCUUAAACGUAAAUGUCAUUGCAAUUAAAUAAAUCGGUAAUUUUCAAUCUAGAUUAAUGUUUGAUGCAAUCCUUUCCCUCUUUUUUCCUUGUCCAGUAGAUGGCGCUUCCAUUAAUCGUUGCUGUAUCCCUCCUCAUCUCCUCAGCUGUAGGAGGAGGUCGAGAUAACUUGGGUACUGAAUUCAUCCUGGGUUUCAUGGAGAACAAGAUUUCCGGUUCAGCGAACAACAUUGAACUGUUUGUCACGACCACAUCGAACACUCCCGCUGACAUCACAGUUACCACGCCCCUGUUUGACCCCAGCUUCUCUGAGACUACAACUGUCAGCCGAGGUAAUAUCAAGAAACUGGAGUUAACAAACAAUAUCCGAGGCUCCGGCACAGCAGUGGAAAACAAGGGUGUUCGAAUAGUCUCAACCCAAGAAAUUACAGUCUACGGCGUAAACAAAGAGAUGUACUCUACUGACGGCUUUGUUGCUUUCCCGGUAGAUGCCAUUGGUUUAGAAUAUGUUCUUGCCACUUGGAAAAGCGAGGCCGUGUUCAUGAUCAUUGCUACUGAGGACGGGACAACAGUCCAAAUUACCCUUUCUUCUUCCAACCCUACCGCUACAUCGAUCACUUACAAUGGGGCUACGUAUUCUAACGGCCAGACCCUCUCGGUAUCUCUCAACAAAUAUCAAACUUUCCACGCUUUUUCUUCCUCGGGGGACUUUACUGGAGCAAAAUUGGUAUCGAACAAAGUGAUCACUGUUAUGACCGGAAAUAGAAAGGUUGCCGUUAAGGACUCCAUGACGAGGUCUAGCUCCGACCAUUUAGUAGAACAAGUUCCCCCUAUUGAUACACUGGGUAAAGACUUCUUCACAAUCAGUACACCAGAUAGAAAUAUUGGAGAUUACUUUCGCAUCAUAGCAACUGAAGACUCUACAGAGAUCUCCUUGGCCGGAUCGGUUUACACCACCAUCAAUAAAUAUCAAUUUACGGAGCUGAACGUGAAUACAGGCGAUUACAAAAGUAUCACUUCUAACAAGCCGGUAAUGGUCACCAUGUUUGGGAAAACUAUCAGCACACAAACCGGUGACGGUCCGAAUGGAGGAGACCCUCAAUUCAGCAUUCUCCCCGCCGUUCCACAGUUUCCGUCAGACUACACAUUCAGCACGAUCCAAACUCCAACUGGAGACUUCAAAAACUAUCUUGUGGUUGUAAUCAAAGAUUCUGCCAAGAAUGAUCUAAAACUUGACGAACAGAGUCCAUCAGGUGUAACGUGGUCCCCCGUUAGUGGAUCUUCCCAAAACCUUGUGGUGGCCACUUUCAAAGUGAAUCCAGGUUCCCACUCUAUCUACAACACCAAGCCGUCUGCCACUUUCCUAGGUAUGGCUUUUGGUAACGCCCAAACCAACUCCUACUCGUAUGCUGCUGGGACUCGCCUCGCACCCAUCAAUGGGCCUUGCACGCCUUCUUCUACCGUGGCUGGUGACAUUGUAGAUAACGACUGUGAUGGCUGGAUUGAUGAAGAGGAGAGUAAUGGAAUAGAUGACGACGGCGAUGGAUCCAUUGAUGAAGAUUUGGCCAACCUCCCGCGAAUCAACGGAAACUGGGCAGCUUGGGGACAGUGGAGCGCAUGCUCACUGACUUGUAACUCCGGAACUGGUUCCCGAAGUCGUUCUCGCACUUGCACAGACCCUGCCCCGGCCAAUAAUGGCAUUGACUGUGUGGGUAGCGGCUCGGAAACUGGUUCAUGUACAGUUAAUACGCCCUGUCCAAUUGACGGACAAUGGGGAUCCUGGUCGGCGUGGAAUUGUUCUCGAACUUGUGGGAAUGGGGUAAAUACAAGGAACCGUGAGUGUGAUAACCCUGCCCCACAACAUAAUGGCGCGGACUGUUCUGGUAACAGCACAGAGAGCGGUGCGUGCUGGGCGGGCACCUGUUAUCCCUCUGUACUCGGAAAUCUGGACAAGAACUGCACUUCUUCUUCCUUUGGGUGUAAAACCGGUAACAUCGACUGUGUGGAUAUUGAGAAAAGCUGUGAUGGCGCUGUUGAUUGCACCGACGGAAGUGAUGAAGACCCCCAAGUAGCGGGCUGCACACCUGCCUGCAACAGAGCAGGUUUCAAUGAUGGAAGAUGCACACUACCGCUACUUGUGUCCGUGUCAGCCAUAUCCUUUAUCUUCCGGAAUUGGCGAUUGCUUCUAUAAACAAUUAUUUUGUAAUCCUGUUUUGUUAUAUCUUUUAUUCUUGUUUUGAAAUAAAUAAUUAACACAAAGUACUAUUGCUAUUUCUGAGAAA